CCGCCGCCCGGCGGCCGCUGCCGACGGCGGUCGGCUGGGGUCAAGCUUCCCGCGUUCUCCUCCCCCCCCGCCCAUCUUCUCUCCCGGCGCUCGCCCCGGUCGCGGAGGCCCGCAGCCAUGGAGCUGUGGCAGGUGCCACUGCUCUUCUCCCGCCUGCCCAUGUUCCCCUUCUUCGACCUGGCGCACUACGUGGCGUCCGUGAUGGCGCUGAAGGAGCAGCGCGGAGCGGUGGAAGUGUCAGUCCGAAGUCCACUUGCAUGCUGGUUUAGUGCUAUGCUUCAUUGCUUUGGUGGGUCUGUUCUGUCUUCCUUGAUACUUGCAGAACCUCCAGUAGCAUUUCUGGCAAAGGGCACAAAUAUUCUCCUGGCAUCUUCAGUCUGGUAUCUUGUAUUUUACUGCCCACAAGACGCAUUCUACCGUUGCUUUGCAUUUCUACCUCUUCGGCUUCUGGUUGCAGGAAUGAAAGAAGUGACCAGGACUUGGAAAAUAACGGCUGGCAUUGCACAUGCAGACAGUCACUUCAAAAAUGCCUGGCUUGUUAUGGUAGCUGUGGGCUGGGCCAGAGGAGCUGGUGGUGGCCUAAUUUCCAACUUUGAGCAGUUGGUAAGAGGAGUGUGGAAACCUGAAACCAAUGAACUACUGAAGAUGUCCUACCCUGUUAAGGUAACUUUGAUAGGAGCAGUUCUUUUCACGCUGCAGCAUAGCCGGUACCUGCCAAUAGCAAGACACAACCUCGUGUUUUUAUAUACCAUCUUUCUUGUGGUCACCAAGGUAACAAUGAUGUUGACACGAUCUACAUCUUCUCCAUUUGCUCCCCUUGAGGCUGCAUUAGGCCAUAUGUUCUUUGGAAUGCAAGAGACACCAUCCAAAGUGAAGGGUGAAGGUGCUGUAUCUUCGAAUGGCUCUUCAGUCUGCGACCAGUCUUCCUCUGGACAGCACCGUGAUGGUGUAAAGAAACGACAGGCAAAGAAAGCAGAAUAAAUGGAUUAAAAUCCUUGAUAGUCAUAACCUUUGAAGAUGUUUGUAUUUCACAUUAUGUUGACUGAGAAAUUUGUUGCGUAUAAGGAGGAAACAGGGCUGUAUACUACUGCGGUGCUGUUUACUUUCAGAUGUCUUUUGUAAACUACUGUUCAUAUGUCUAAAUGCACACAUUGGGUUUGUAAGUUUAAAAAGUACUAAUUUUUAUAGUGGUUAAAUUUAUUAAAUUUUAUAUUUAUGGAUAAUGUUUAAAUACAUGCUGAAAAGAUAGUUUGAAAAUGUGACAAUCAGCUUAUCUUUUCUAAGAUAUUACUUAUUUUACCACUUCUUUCUAGAUUCUUAUAUUUCAUUUGAAUAACAUGGACUUGCACUGCCAAAUAUUCACAGUAGCCUGUCCCAAAUAAGAAAAGCAUUAGUUAGUCUUCAUCUGAGUAAGACUUAACCACAUUGCACUACAGUCCUAUGAAAAUGACAAAACAAAUGCCUUUAACUAGAAAAUAACUGAAUUACUAUUGUAACUGACACUGCACUGGUCUAGAUGUUUUUCAUUUACUCAAAUAUUUAUCACAUUUUUCUGAUUUUUAGAAUAAAAAUGAACUACAUGGUACUUUUAAAAAUCUUUACAGUGGCAGAUAGAAGCAUUUCGAUGUUCUUGUAGGUCCACUUUGACACUUCCUUUUUAAGCAUUUGAUACAUAGCCAUUUUUAAUAUAUAAUAUGUGGUUUGUAGUAUCUUACAGUUUACUGGGACGAGGUGUGUCUGCGUGCAGUUUUAUCCAAGCAUAUACACUUUUCUUUUCCUUUCAAAGUCGACCUUUUCUUAGAAAGAAAACUGGUCAGUAUGCUUGCCUGUUUCCUCAUGAGUUCUACCCUAAUAUGUAUCCUGUUAGUAAAUAUCAAUACUAGUAUGUAACAAUUACCUAUGAUGCUGUUGGAGAGGAACUAUUAAUGUCAGAUGCACUGAAACUGUUCGUUAGCACUUGCUGAAAACUGCUUGCUUCUUAUUACUUUUUUUGCACAUGGUUUGCAGCAGCUGUAGUAGUCAUGCACACUUCAGAACUGAGAAUUGCCAUGUUUGAGAGAUGUUACAUUUCAUAAGAAUAGAACUUUUCAGAAGAGUCUUUUUAUUUGAUGUGCCCUUUUAAAGAACAAAUUAAAUAUAUUUUUAUAAAAUAA